CCAACGGUCAGCAUUGCAUUGCUCGAGUUCUUUUAAUUCGCUUCUCCUUCUAAGUACGGUUGUUCUACCUAGUAGCAGCAGCAGGUGUAGGAGUAGGUCAGCUUCACGACCAAGAGCACAGAUCUUUCACCAGGAACUCGUUGUUCUGCUUCUGUUACUCUCAAUCUCUUUGUCUCAGUAGUUCCCUCGUGUGCUCGACACAACUCAAGCAACGACCAGAAGAUGGCUCCCGCUGUUUCCACCAUGCUGUCCCGCAGUAAGCGAGGCUUGUUUUCUGCAGCGUUGCUCGCCGGAGCGACCACAGCUGCUCCGGUCAAGAAAAUGACGGCGGUGAUCAAAAUUCUGGAGGACAUGCGGGACGAGAUCGAACACGACCAAGCCGAGGACGAAAAAUCGUAUAGAAUUUAUUGUCCUCGUGGUCCCGUCGGUCAUGUGCGGAGCUCCUUCCUGGUGCAAAAACAAAAAGUUCAAGUUGUACAAAACUCUGAAGCCGAAUUCGAUUGAUUUUGUUGCUGACACGCAGCAAAUACAUAGUUGAAUAAUUAUGGCUUCUCGAGCGCCACAUGAAACAAACGACCUAGGUACGCCAAGAUGGAGUGUUGGUGCAAGAAGAACGACAUGACCUUGUCGGAAGCCCAGGCCGCGGCGCAGGCGGAGUUGGAGCGGUUGCGCGCGAGCGUGACGGCCAACACGGCCGAGGCCGCGGCGCUGGCGACCGAGUUGGAGGGAAUGGAAAAGGAGCUGAAGCAGGCGCGCGAGUCGCUGGACGAGCUGAUCACGAUGAACACGAAGCAGGUCGAGGAAUAUCCAGGAAAAAACACCCAUCCACAUCCAAUUUGUGACGCAAAACACAUAUCGAUAUCAAAUCACUUCGUGUGUUUGUAAUGCAAAAAAUGGAUGUGGAUUGGUUUUUUUCUGUGCAUAAGGAAGAUGGGAAGACCGUAGCCGAGUACACGGAGUCCAUUACCGCCCUCGCCAACGCCCUCACCGUUAUCCACAGUAAAUUGCCCGUACACGUACCAAUGCAGUCCCAGUCUCUGCAUGACAAAACUUGCCUUCAAUCCUAGUCUAGCAUGACAAGUUGGACACUGCAAGUUAGCGAAAUUUGUCAUGCAUUUUGUACAUGUGCGGGAAAUUUACAUUGCAUAUCCGUUCUGAACAAGCACCAGCCGGGGCUGACGCAGAAAAAGGUGGUCUUGGAGCUGCGCAAGCACGUGUCGGCGCACAGCGACAUGCUGGACGCGCUGCUCGAGCCCAGCCAGCGCCGGGAGCUGAACGCCUUCCUGCAACAGGACACCCGGCAGAACCAGAAGCAGAACCCGACCAGCCCGGCCUACUCCAGCCAGUCCGGGCAGAUUUUCGGGAUCCUCGCCCAGAUGAAGGAGGAAUUCGAGUCUGAUUUGGCCACCCUGAAGGAGAAGGUGGCCUCAGACAAGGUCACCUACAACAAGCUGAAAAAAUCCAAGGAGGAGGGCAUCGCCGACCUGGAGAAGGGCAUCACCUCGAAAACCAGCCGCAAGGCGGACGCCAAGCAGGAGGCGGCCGACGCCAAGCAGCAGAUCGCGGACAUCGAAAAGACGAUGGCAGCCGAUCUGGAAUUUCUCGCGGAGGUGAAAAAAGUGUGUCCGAAAUCCUCCGAAGAGUUUGCGAAGCGCACGGAGGACCGACACAUGGAGUCGCAGGCUAUCGACAAGGCGGUCGAGAUUCUGGGCAGCGACGAGAACCGCGACUUGUUCGACAAAACCGUGGAAAAGGCGCCGGCGCUCGCCUUUCUGCAGACGGGCAUGAUGAAAAAUUCCAAGGAGGUGGCGAGCAAAGUGGUGCAGAAUCUGGUAUUUCCAUGUAUGAACAAACACAUAGACGUGGAUUUGAGAUUCUUCCAAAUUUCUUACGCUGAACAAUGAAAUACAAAUACGAAUAAAUUGAAAUAGAAAUAAACGCAAACUUCAUUCGCUCACGACUCCAACAAAAACGGAUUCAUUCGUACAAUAAAAAGUUUUUUUUUGCAAAAAAAAAUCUGAACAAGCACAGGCCCGGCUUCCUGGCGCGUCGGUGAGCAAGACGGCUCUUAACUUGUUGUCGCAGCAGAUCAAGCUGGCACCGUUCACCCGGGUUGUGGAAGCGAUCAAAACGAUGAUUUCUGAGAUCAAGGAGAAGAAGGAAGUGGAGACGGAGCAGAAGGUAUGAAAGCCUCAGGUUGGAACUCCUCAAAGUGGAAAUGAUUUGUAAUGCAAAAAAACGACUCUAGUUGAAGCGCCAUUUGUAGUCGGCGCAUGACAAAUUUCCCGGGCACUCAAAACGUGUCUGUAAUGCUACUUAGGCAAAGGGGUGCCCUUCUGUCGUGGUAAUCAGCAGUCCAAUUCUUCACCCCUAGCAGGACAAUAGUCGGCCUCCAUUGUGUCCUCUGCAAUACAGUCUUUUUUGCCUUGCAUUUCAUGCAUCACAAAUUAUUUCCACUUUGAAGAUUUCCAUUCUGAGGCUUUCAUAGAAGGACGAGUGCGUGUCCAAGAUGAACGAGAAUGAAAUAUCCUGAGUAAAAACGUACCCACACCAGAGUCAGGAUGGGGAUUUUGCAACACAAACCUAGGAGUUUUGUGAGUCACGCUUGACAAGUUGCACUAUGCAGUGUAGUGCAGGUUAGCAAGUGCAGCCGCAUCACAAAUUUAUCUGCUCAUCCUGUUCACAGCAUCACAAAUUCCAAAACACGACUGGAAAUGGCUCUCAUGGGGAUGCGCAUUACAAGUCGCCCUGUCUUUGCAAAUCUGCAUUACAACUCUGGCGUGGGUACGUUUUUACUCAGGAUAUGAAAAGGAGACGGCCGCGGCGGAAAACGAGCUGUCCAAGUUCCGCGGGCAGCUGGAGAAGGCGGAAGCGGACCUGGCCGCAAAGAUGGACUCGCUGACGAAGACGGAAACCGCGAUCAAGGAGGCAGAAGAAUCCUUGGGGAAGUUGGAGGAGGACCGAAAAGAGGAAUUCGCCAUGUUCCAACAAAACCUCGCCGAUCAGUCCACCGCGGUGGAGUUGCUCGGGAAAGCGAUCGCGCAGCUGACCAUGGUCUACGAAAACCUGGCGAAGCCGACGUUCCUGCAAACGGGCUUGGUGGUUAAAAAGCAAGCGCCCGCUGCGGAGGCCGGCCCAAGCGCGGGUCUCACUCACACAGACGCGCCGGAAAUGGGUACCUACAAGAAGAACAACGCAGGAACGGGUACAGAUUUUUUCACCUUGUUGGACGUAGUUCUUUAUUAUCUGCGCACUUUCAUUAGUUUUUGUUUUAGUUUGUGUUUGAAGAUCGAUGCUGUGUUGUGACCACCAUCUCCAUCAUCCUUUUUUUUAUGCUUGUCCUUGUGCUAGGACGCAGGAACAGGAUUGAAGUGAGAUUUCUGCCCGGCUGAAGGUGACCACGAGUUUCGUUGCUUUAUUCAACUGAGGUGUCGUCGCGAUGCUGCAGGGCAUUCAGGACGAGGCACGCAAGACGAUCAAGGAGAUGCGGCUCCAGCAGGAGCAGGACCAGGCGGAUAUGCACUGCAAAAGCAUCGUACCCGUAUAAAUUGCAGGUAUGCAUGACAAAUGUGAUUUCCUACCCAAAUCUGCAUUACAAAUUCCAAUUUUCUUCCUGAUGAAAUUUGUCAUGCGAUUUAUACUAGUACGUGUACGAUACUUUUGCAAUGCAUAGCGGAUUUCCAGAAGCAACGCGACCUGCUUGUCGAGGUGAAGCAGUCCUCGGAACUGCAGCUCUCAACCUUGAAGUUCGAGAAGGCCUAUCACAGGAAAAAGUGCAGCUAUCUGUUUUGAAAACGGAACGGGAACUUGUGAUGCGAGAACUACGCAUUCCACCUCAAAGUACACACACUUACUCUCACACUCAAUAAAAUUCGUGUUGCUGAUGUUGCAGAUAUAUGUUGCAUGAUAGGCAAAACGUAAACGCAUGAUGCCUGACUGCAAUUCGUGAAGGAAAACGACGUCGACCAUAGGCACUUUUUUGGGUGAUGAGUCCGACCUGGACAAGACGAUCUCGCAGAAAAACCGGGACAUCAAUGACAAAGUGAGCGAAAUCGCAGGGCUGGUGGAAACCAUGAAGUCCUUUAAGGAGGAGUGCGACUUUUUGCUGAAGCACUUCGACGUGCGCCAGGAAGCUAUGACCACGGAGGUCGAGGCGCUGAACCAGGCCAUUGCCAUCCUGAAGGGUUCCGACGCCGGCGGUGAACUGCAAACCAUCUACGCAAACCCGACCUCGUUGUGAAAAUAUUUGAACCUGCUGAGUUUCCCUUUCCUGCUCUGUGCUUCCGCUGCCGCUCCUGAAGAUGUUUUAGCUGCAAAGGGAAGAUCAUUCCAUGUAAAAUGAAAAUUGAUUUGGAUGUUUCGUGCUGGUGUGAAUAUUGCUUUUUUUUCUUUUCCCUGGAGCUGCUUCUGCUUCGCUUCAAUUAGCGACGGAUGAUGCGCCGCAAUAAGACGGAGAUGAUGAUCGUGAUGCCUCAAGUUGAUCCUGAUGGCGAAAGGCGAUUUCGUAUUUUCCAAAGAGCACAACUCCAAAAACAGAACAACUCCGGAAGCAUGGCACUCGAAAAAAAAAAUCGGUGUGUGUUUUGUGACAUCACAUAUAAUAAGUAUGAGGGUGGCAGCUACUUGCUCAUGUUGUUCAUCGCCUU